GGAGGCUUAGAUCAAGGAGCUGAGACCAAAAGGAGAAUGGGAGGGAGGAGACGAUACAAUAGAGUUGGAGCCGAGGCCCUUAGAGGCGGAUAGGUGGAUUCCUGAGGGAGGAGGAAGGGGCUGAGGUUGCUGGAGCCUGGCAGCUUCUUCCGGAGCCAUUGGCAGGACUUAUGCAAACAGUUCUGGGUGGGAAGAGGGAACCAGGAUAUCCUCCUGUGUCCUUCCUCUUCUGCAGUCAUCCUGGAUGACUCCCAGAUGGAAUUUCUUGGAUGUCAUUGCUUGGAGGUCCCCUGCAUGCCUGAAGAAGGACAUGCUGGAGAGCAGGAUGCCUGGAUCCCAUGGGGGAAGGGAAGUACCCAGGAAAGAACGAAGUCCCAGGGGGAGCUUUUAGUGUGUGGGUGAAUGGGGAGGCUGGGGUAGUAGCUGACACUGUCCCAGCUGCAUCCCCGGUUUGAAAGGCACCUCCUCCCCCAGCGCAGGCAUCCUGCCUCCCAACCCUGUAAUUACGGCGCUUCCCAACGCGUGGUUUGCUCCCAUUCUUUGGCUUCCAAUAGUUGCAAGGGAUGAAGGUGGACAUCUCUGUGAUUACGGAGAUGCCAAACACCCAGACUCAGCCCACCCCAGCUUUGGGGGCCAGUACACAGCCAUGAUGCUCAACUGGAAGCUCCUUGGGAUCCUGGUCCUUUGCCUGCACGCCAGAGGCAUCUCAGGCAGCGAGGACCACCCCUCUCACCCACCCGCAGAGGACCGAGAGGAGGCAGGCUCCCCAACAUUGCCUCAGGGCCCCCCAGUCCCCGGUGACCCUUGGCCAGGGGCACCCCCUCUCUUUGAAGACCCUCCGCCUCCCAGCCCCAGUCGUCCCUGGAGAGACCUGCCUGAAACUGGAGUCUGGCCCCCUGAACCGCCUAGAACGGAUCCUCCUCAACCUCCCCGGCCUGAUGACCCUUGGCCAGCGGGACCCCAGCCCCCAGAAAACCCUUGGCCUCCUGCCCCUGAGGUGGACCACCGACCUCAGGAGGAGCCAGACCUGGACCCACCCCGGGAAGAGUACAGAUAAUGGGGUUCCGCCAGCCGUUCUGCUCCCAGGCAUCUCCAGACACCCACGCCCUCUCCACUCUGAUUCCCCGUGAAUUCUUCCAAUUUAGCCCGUCUCCUUAAACCUCUUCCUCAUUCCCCCGGUUUUAUUCUGAACCCAGAAGGUGGUGUUCUGAAUAUUUCCUGUCCCCUCCUGAGAUCCGUACUUAGCCCUCACAUUGCCGGUUUUUUCCUCUGACAGCCUAAGUCUACUCUCCUACCUCACCUCCGGGCCUCGGCCCCACCUACCUCCCUCCGCGUCUUCCCGCCCGCGCGAUCGCUGGGGCAGGGCUGCGGUACUGUGUUCCCUUCUGCCACCUGGUGGCCGGCGGCAGGAAUUAUCAGUAGACAGCUGUUGCUUCCAUGAAACGGAAAAAUAAAAAUCACGUUUUCUUAAUUCUGAA